AUGAAUACGGGAGCGGGCUAUGUUCAAAACCAUAUAAAGAGCUCUGAUUCUCGUUCUUUUCCAUCGCAGCCGCAACAGGUUCCUGUCUCUUCGCCUGGCAUCUCGGUCCAACAACAACAGAGGUUACUUUAUCAACAAAGGUUAAAGCAGCAACAACAGCAACAAUUGCAUUUUGAGCAGCAGAUAUAUCAACUAUUAACUACGCUUAACAGAAAGCCUAAGAGGUUGUAUCAAUUCAAAGAAGAUCCGGAUGACCUUCUAAAAAAAUACGAACAAUUCAAACCAAGUUUCGAAUUUCACAUAUAUGAAAACAACUUUAAAAUUUGUGCUCCUGCUAAUUCCCGGUUGCAACAACAUCAAAAGACGCCUCAGAACUCAAACGAUGGUCUUAUCUUGAACAAAAAUAAUGAAGUUUUACGAGAAUUUUUGGAAUAUGUAGCAAGAGGAAUAAUACCAGAAGCCAUUAUGGAAGUGUUGCGGGAUUGUAACAUCCAAUUUUAUGAAGGCUGUUUGAUUUUACAAGUGUAUGACCAUACAAAUACCGUUGACGUAAAACAGGAAACUCCGGCAUCCGCAACUGCUCUUAAUAAAACUCCUCAACAAAACAAUGCAAACACGGGUUCAUUGACAGGUACGCCAUCUAACGCUGCAGCCGCUGGCUCCGCUGCUGUUAAAAGAGAGUAUUUAGCCAAUAACAGAAAUGGUACAGAUCCUUCUAGUGUGAAUAACAGCACUUUUAAUUCUGUGAAUAAUGGAAUCGGUAAUAAUAAAGAGAAGGAAAAUCCAGGGAAAUCAUUUACUACUUUAAAACGGCCUAGAAUGUAUCGGACUUUACUCAGACCUAACGAUUUGACACAUUAUUAUGACAUGCUCUCAUAUGCAGACCAUACCAGAUUUCCAGACUCGAUGUACCAACAACUUGAAUCUGAAAUACUCACUUUAACAAAACGGAACCUUAAUCUAGAUACACCGAUGAACCCAUAUGCAAACAGAGAUCUUGUUAGUGAUGACGAGUUUUUGAAUCCUACUUUCAAUGAAGAAAAACAAAAUUGGGAAUUUCCGCACAGAAAACUUUGUACUGAACCCUUUACAAAAGGUGCUAUCGAUCAUGUUGAACUACAUGAAGAACUUCCACAGCAUAGCUCUACCUAUGAACAAUUAAUGUUGAUCCUUAGUGAAAAGACAACGAAUACUACCGCGUCUACUUUGGCUGCAUCUUUGAUGAAAAAGGCCGAAGCAAGUGCAGCUCGUAAGGCAGCAACUAGUGGGAAAACAUCCGCAUCACCAGUUGGCGUGAAUUCUAAUGGAGUUGCUGCCGCUGCCGCCGCGGUUGGGAGUGGAGCAAAUGCUGACGCACAGCAAUUUAGUAGGUUAAAGAUUAUAGAACACUGGAGGAUAGAGAAAGAAAGAAGGAAACAUCAGAGUGUGAAUUCAAACAUGGUUCCUAGUGCAUAUAAUACCAGAAUAUCCAUGGGUAACCCAAUGUCGCCAAACAGAGUCGCUCAACAAAAAGGAGAUAACCAAUCGGGCAAUCAAGGCUCAGCAUCUACCACGAACAAGAAAACAGGUGUGGACGGUGAAGAGAAACCGAAGGCUAAGAGAGGGCGUAAGGCAACCAAGAAAGCAGCAGAUGGAUCUGCACCAACACCUAAAAAGAGAGCUACUACUAAAAAGAAGGCAGCUGCUGCAGCUGCUGCCGCUGCCGCUGCUGGAACCCCAGGGUCAACAUAA